AUUGGUGGGGUUGGUCGGCUUCAGUGGCACAGAUGUCAGUUUUAUGAAUUGAUGUUGAAUGUUGAUGCUUUGAAGUGGGUUCAAUUAAUUUGAAGCUCAACUGAGUCCAAAGGGUUCGGCCUUUUCCAUCACGAUCUUCAUUAUACUCGUCAAUUGCAUCUUUUUAAUCCGUUUGCUGAAGCCUGAAGCUCUGAGAUGGAGAAAGCAGCAAAAAGCCUGGAGCUUUGAUUAAGAUAGGAUUUAAUUGACUUUCUUAAGGGUUCUUUUCUGUGGAUUUCAUCAGCUAGCUUUUGGUGAGAUUAAUGUAAAUAAUAUCUGUAUAGAGUUUCUCUGGAAAGGAAAACACAGCUUAGUCAUGUCUGUUACAUUAUUAUGGGUUGGACCUUCCCAAUCAGAGUUUGCCAAUGGUUUUCGGCUACUUGAUUCAUUCCUGGAUGGAAUACAUUCAAAAAAAUGUGUGCGUCGAAAUCGGGGUAUGUUGUUCAAUUGCAUAGGAAAGAAAGGUUGGAAGCAGACACUGAGUAUAGGCUCUUGUAGUACCGAUUUGAGGCAUCUAUAUGUAGGUGGUUCAGGCUUUGGGAGUGGAAGUCAAUUCCCAGUGAUACCAAGUGCCGUGGCUACUCCAGCUGUAGAAAUGGCUGUAUCAUCAGAGGAGAAGGUUUAUAAUGUGGUAUUGAAGCAGGCUGCCUUAGUUAAGAAGCAGGUGAGGUCUACCGGUGAUCUCGAUGUAAAGCCAGAAAUUGUUGUACCGGGGACUCUGAGCUUGUUGAGUGAAGCUUAUGAUCGAUGUGGAGAAGUUUGUGCUGAAUAUGCCAAGACAUUUUAUUUGGGAACUUCACUGAUGACCCCGGAAAGAAAAAGAGCUAUUUGGGCAAUAUAUGUGUGGUGUAGGAGGACUGAUGAGCUUGUUGAUGGGCCUAAUGCUUUACAUAUAACACCAACUGCUUUAGAUAGAUGGGAAACAAGGUUGGAAGAUCUUUUCAAAGGUCGUCCAUUUGAUAUGCUUGAUGCAGCAUUAUCGGACACUGUUGCCGAAUUUCCUGUUGAUAUACAGCCCUUCAAAGACAUGAUUGAAGGAAUGAGGAUGGAUCUAAAGAAGUCAAGAUACAAAAAUUUUGAUGAACUGUACCUCUACUGUUAUUAUGUUGCUGGCACUGUUAGUUUGAUGAGUGUUCCUGUUAUGGGCAUUGCACCUGACUCGCAAGCAACUAUAGAAAGUGUUUAUAAUGCUGCACUAGCUUUGGGGAUUGCGAAUCAGCUCACCAACAUACUUAGGGAUGUUGGAGAGGAUGCCCGAAGGGGACGGAUUUAUCUACCACAGGAUGAACUUGCACUGGCAGGACUUUCGGAUGACGAUGUUUUUGGUGGAAAGGUGACGGAUAAAUGGAGAAAUUUCAUGAAGAAACAAAUUAAGAGAGCAAGGAUGUUCUUUAAUAAGGCAGAAAAAGGAGUGGUAGAGCUCAGUCCAGCAAGUAGAUGGCCGGUCUGGGCAUCCUUGCUGUUGUAUCAGCAGAUACUAGAUGAGAUAGAAGCUAAUGAUUAUGACAACUUCACAAAGAGGGCUUAUGUGAGCAAAGUGAAGAAAUUUGCUGCUCUGCCAAUCGCAUAUGCAAAAUCACUGAUUGGCCCGUCAAGAACACCUCCACUGAGUAAGCCCCAGUUUGAAAAAUGAAUGUAAAACAUUGGAACCAAGGCCGUUUAUAUAUAGUUGAAAAAGAAAAAAACAGAAUAAGAAAAGAAAAUAAUAACAUGUAUAGUGACUAUGCAAUGAUUGUAAAAAAAUAUUGUUUGCAGUAAGUAUUCAUUAGAAUUAGAAUGGUUUAUUAGUCUUGCACCUCGGUCCAAAAAGUUGUUAGACUAAUAAAACAUCCCAAUCUAU